AUGCUCAUCCAGGACGGACCUAUUUUGGGCAGCGACACGGCAGCUCUCUGCCUUGCCGGUUUCUUCAUGUCUCUACCAAAGCCUCCCAUGUCCAACCUGACUCUUCAGCGCGGCGCGGGUGAUAUGGGAGACACGCCUACUAAGUUCGCCAUAUGUAAGCACGUUGAAUUGUGUGGAUCUGACAUAUCCAAGCUCCUCCUGGACCAAGUGGUGAACCUUAUAUCUCCUUUGGCCCUGAGCAAAGCCAUUCAACAACCCAUUAGUAUCAAGCUGGUUCAUAUUAAUCAGAGUGGUGUAGACGCAAAUAGCUGGGACCAUAGUGGUCUAGUGUGCCUACACAUCAUGGAAAUAUUGCUCCGACACGAGGCAGACAUCAGCACGCCGUCUACAGAGAACUGUCCACGACUUGCUGCUAAGCUCUUGCAACUCGAAGUUGAUGCAAAUGGCCUGGACUCAUCUGGUCAUCCCGUCCUCCACGCAUUCAUAUGGAAUAUUGCGUACUCCGCAAUGGUGGAUGGAGGCCUCCUGUAUGCACUGCUACAGUACGGUACCGAUCCUAAUGUUAUAGAGAAAUCUCUGGUCAUCGGAAGACCACCGCCUUUUGCCUUAUGA